AUGAAUUAUUCUCAAGAAAAUAAAAAAAAAGAAAAAAUUAAUAACUUGAUAAAUAAAAAAAAUAUUACAAAAAUAAAUAAAAAAAAAAAUUUAAAUUCAAGUUUUAGUGAUUCUAAAACAAACAUUUCUUUAGAUGAAAAUUCUGAAAGUUUAAAAAAAAGAAAAAUUUUUAAUAAUGAAGGAAAGAAAAAAAAUGAGUAUAGUGAAAGAAUGAAUACAUUUAAAAAUAUUUUUAAUAAUGAAAGAGAAAUUCCAAAAAAUAAAGUUAUAAAUAAUAAAUUAAAAAUAAUAAAUAUUCAACCUAAUAAAAUGGAAUUGAGAAACAAAAGUAUCAAAAGAAAAAAAAAAAAAAAUUUAAUCUCGGAAAGCAAAGAUUUAAACGAGAAAAUGGAAAAGGGAAUAAUUAAAAAUGAAGAAACAUGUCUAGAAUCCUUCAUAGAUAAUGUCAUAAGAAAUGCUAAGGAGAAUCAUGAAGAAGAAAAGAAAUUUGUUGGGAGUAAUGAUAUUAUGAUAAAUAAAACUUUAAAUAUUGAAAAUGAAAAAAAAAAAAAAAUAAAUAAAAAAAAAGAAAUGAAAGACAAGAAUGAUGAAGGUUGCUUAAAUGUGAAUGAUAAAAUUAUUGAAAUAUUCCCCGAAACUGACAUGAAUUAUAAAAAUGUUACUACUAAUAGCCUAAAUAAUAAAGAAUGUAUAAACGAAAAUAGUGCUAUAAAUCUUAGCGAUUAUAUAAAUAAUGAAGUUGAUAAAUGCAAAAAUGAAAAGGAAGAUGAAAAUGGAAAAGCAGAAGACAUAGAAGUUGAAAAAAGAGUAAAAAAUAUUUCAAAGAUAAAUAAAUCAUUUUAUACUGAAAGUGAAUGUUCUUAUUUAGAAAAAAUGAAUAAAACUAAAUUAGGAUUUAAAAAUGAUUGUUUUUGUUAUUGCAGAAAAGGAAAACAAUAUAAUAAUGAUGAUGAUAUUAACAAUUAUUAUAAUAAUAAUAUUGAUAGUGCAGAAAAUAAAAAGGAGAAUGGGGGUAAUGAAUUAAAAAAUAUUGACUGGUUGAUAUACACUAUUAGGUAUAUGGAUUACAGGAGAUUGAGAAGGAGGUUUAAUGGUAUAAGGAAACCUAUUUCAAAAAAAAUAGUUUUUAUAAUAACCAUAUUUUGUUUAAUAUUAAUAUCAUGGAAAUAUUUUAAAACUUCAUAUGAAAAUAAUAAAUUUACAAUUAGUGUUGAAUUUCAAACGACAUUCUUAUUUUUUGUAGAAGCUAUUGCAGCGGUAAUUGGAAUAAUUAUUUUUGCAAAAUUUCAGACUCGUCUUAGUUUACAUUGGCCUAUAUAUGCUUCUUAUAUAUUUAUUAUUUGUGCUUCAGUUAUAUUAAUAUUUUUUGAAAAAGAUAAACCUGCGAAAAAUUCUAGGGGUGAGCAUAUUUUGAUAGUAUAUGGAAUUGUUCAAUUGUCAUUAAUAAUAAUUGUUAAAAUUAUAAUUUUUAUUGGCCCACUUUUAGCUAUAUAUGGAUUUUUUUGUCCAUGUACAGAACAUUGUAGAAUAUUAAAAAAAAAAAUGUCAACUAAUAAAUUAAAUAUAACCGUAAGUCGCUAUAAUGAUUUUGCAGGGAUGUGUGGAAAUAAUUUUUGUUGCUUUUGUUUGUGUAUAUAUCGUUCUUUUUAUCGUAUUAUAAAUUGUUUUUACAAAAAAUGCUCCAAUUUACGUUUUAAAAUGACAAAAGAUAAAAUUAAAGAAGCACCUUUUAGUCAUCAGUUAAGGUAUAAAGGAAAAACGGAUAUUUACGGUAGACCUCAUGGAUAUGGUGAAUGGAUAGAAGAUCAUUCUUACGGUGAAAAAUUAAGAGGGUUUUGGUUUCAUGGAUAUCCUGUUGGCCCGUUUAUUUCUCAAGAAGUGGGAAGUGGAUCAUUAUUUGUAAAUACAAGAGUUGGAUUUGCUGCAUGUGUAGGUAAGGAUUGGUCAGAUGUAAGAUACGGAGUUUCUUGCACGGAGUGUUCCAUUAGUGGUCACUUUUUUAAUGAUUUCCCUCUUACUUAUUUUUUUAAUCCCAAAAUAGAAAAAGAAGCAAAUGGAAGAUUACCAACUAAUAGAUAUGAUCUCAUUGUAAAAGAUAUAUUAAAGGAAAAUUAUGAAGAUAUUUUAAGCUAUGAUUUAAAGUGGUGUUUUAAUAUGCUAAAAGUUAAUAGUGGUAGUACAACUGAAUACUGUUCUAAUAAUUGUAUGAUAUCUCUAGAUCACGUUACUAUGAGCUUAAAAGUUCACAAUUACAAAAGAUUAAGUUCCAUCAAGAGAAGAAAUAAUAUUCUUGAUGAAAUUAAUGUAAAAUUAGUUCAUGUUCCUAAAGUGAAAAAAAAUAAAAAAAUUCAUAAAAGAGACAAAACAAACAAAUAUGAUCAUAUAUUAAAAAAACAAGAAAAUGAUGAAUUCUUUUACAUUAAUCAAAAUAAAUUACAUAAAAAUAUCCGAAGAUUAAGUUCUACCAAUUUUCCUGAAAUAAAUGAUUCACUUCAAGGGAGCAUUCAUUCUUAUUACACAAAAAAAUGCUCCGAAAAAUUAUUAGAUUCGAUAGAUGAUGAAAUAUACCUAUAUAAAGUAAACAAACAAUUAAAUUCUACAGAAAUGCAUAAAUCUCCAUAUUUUUAUGAUUACAAUGAAAAAAGUAGUCAUGAGGAUAGAAAUUUAAAAAAAAAGGAAAAUAAAAAUUUUCUUAGUUAUUAUAGCAGUGAAUGGAAUAUUAAUUUUUGUGACAUGAUAAAAUGUAGUGAUACUUCUAGUUAUAAAAAAAAAAAAAUUAACUGUAAUAAUUUUGGAAAAAGGAAACUAAAUGAUUCUAACCAUUUGAAAAAAAUUUGUGCUAAUAAUAAUAGUUGUGAUAAAAAUAAGUAUGAUAUUAAAAUAUGUAUAAAUAAUAAGAAUAAAUAUAAUGAAAAGGAAAGGCAUUCUAUAUAUAAUGAUUAUAAAAAAGAUCAAAAUUAUAAAAUUAAAGAAAAUAGUAAUAUAAAAGAAUUUUUUCUAAAAAAGGAUUCUUCCUUGUUCUCAUCACACGUAUAUGAAAAUAAAAUAAAAAACAUAUCGUCUGCUUCAGAAAGAGAGGGAUUUGUUAUUAAUAUAAAAGGUUUUGAUAAAAUGAACAAAAACAAUAAUUUAGAUGAAAAAGUAAAAAUAAAAAAUAAUUUUUUUUCUGAUUAUAAAAAUGUAAGUAUAUCUCAAAAGGGUCCAGUAGAGAAGAAAGAAAAAAGUGUUUUUUUUAGUCAUAGCGAAUAUAAUACUUUCAUGUCAAAUGACAAAGAAUUCUUUUAUGAUGAUUUAUUAUGUUCAAAGUUUCAGACACAAGAUUUGUUAGGAACAAAAAAACAUGGAAAUAUCGAUAAAAAAAAAAGUAACAAGGAAAUAAAAACAGAGGAAGAGGAACAUAAAGAAAUGAAAACUUUUUUUCAACAAAAAAUUGAAUCUGAUUAUUGUGGUAAAUCAAAAAAAGAAAGAAGGAAUAAAUAUUUUUUUAAAAUAGAUGAUAAUCAUAAAAAUAAAGAAAAAUCUCAAAGUAGGACAAAAAAUAGAAGUAAAGAAAAUAUAUCAUAUAGGGAAAAAUAUCCAGAAUAUGAAAUAGAUUCAAAUAAAGAAAAAAUAAAUAAUGAAAAUAUAGAGUUAUACUUUUUCAAAAAUGAAGAACUUGCAUUAGAUAAUGAAGGUAAAUUUCAUAAAGAAACAACUAAGGAUGAAAAAUUGUCAGAAAACAAAAAUUUGUUUUUUUCUGAUAUAUUUAAAUCUUUCAUUAAUUCAAGUAUUCAAAGGAAUUCCAAGAAAAGAGCUUCUGUAAAUUCAUGUGAAAUGGAAGGUAUACAGAAAAGUAAUAAACAAAAAAAAAAAACAUUAAGAUCUUAUAAAUUUUUGUCUGAUGUGAAAAAAAAUAGAAGAGAUUCUUUUAAUAAAACAACAAAAAAAGUGAAUAUGAAUAGAAUAAAAAACUUUAAACAAAAAGGUCUUGUAAAAAAAAAUGUAAAACAAACAAAAAAAAAUUCAAUAUAUAUAACAUCAAAUCAUAAAAAAUUUGAUAAAAUUCUUCGCCUCAAAUAUUCAAAAAAAAAUAAAAAUGAGAGAAUAUUAAGUUCUUUAGGAAAAAAAAUGAAAAGUUUAAAUGAGCCCUUUGAUAAUUUUAAUGGUCCUAAUUUAUCUCCUAAUUUAAAUAGAAAUAAGACUAUAGCUCAAGUAUUUGCAGAAGAAGAUGAAUGGGAAAAUUACAGGCAUCAGCAUAAAGAAAAAAUUGUAAUAGAUGGGUGGCAAUCCUUAUCUUUAAAACGAAAUUUAAAUUUUAUGCCUGACGAAAUUGUUAUAUAUAUACAUGGUUAUAAUGUUAAAUUACACCAUGGAUGUUCUCAAUUAGCUCAUUUAAUUUCAUUUUCUAAGUUACCUUCAUAUAUUCAACCUUUUGUUUUUCAUUGGGAAGGUGCUAUGUGGGGACCUUUUUCUGCUCUUUCUUAUCCUGUUGCUAGGAAAAGAUCAGAAAUGUCUAUCUUAGGAAGAUCCUUUAAAAAAUUUAUAGAAGACCUUAUCAACUUAGGUAUUAAAAAUGUCCAUUUGAUAAGCCAUUCUUGUGGAUCAAGACUUUUUUUUAAUGGAUUUUCUUAUUGUGUAGAAGAUAAUUUAUUCUAUAAUGUUUUAAAAAAUGAACAAUCAAAAAUAAAAAAAGAUGAUAAUCAAAAAAAAAGAUGGGGAAUUGAAAACAAUGAUUAUGAUGAUAAUAGUAAUAUUUCUAACGAUGAGCAUUCCGAUACAAAUACUUUUAUCCAUAAUACAAAAAAUAGUAAAAAAAAAAAACAAAUUAUAGUAAAAACUAUUAUUUUAUUAAAUCCAGAUUAUCCUUUAGAUAAAUUUUUGGAAAAAGAUUUUUUUCUGUUAAGAACUCAUUGCAAUCACAUUGUUAUGUAUGGUGAUACACGAGAUCAAGCCUUAACUUAUUCAGAAACAUGGAAUAGAGAAAAAUGCCUUGGAAAAAGGAUCUUUAAAUUAAAGUUACCUUUAUAUAAAAUUCACAAUUAUGAAGAUUAUUUAAAUUUAAAUACAGCAAGAAAUAAACUAUUGACCGAAAAUUAUGAAGAAAAAUAUAUGAUGUGUGAUAGUGUUUUAUUUCCUCAUUCUACUUAUACAGAAGCAAAAAUUAAAGAAAAACAAAAACAAAAAGAGGGAGAAGAAGAGGAAAAGGAGAAUAAUAAUGAUGAACAAAAAGAAAGUGGAGAGGAAGAAAAAUUAAAUGCAUCGAAUAAAAUGUUGCAGAUUAAUAAAACAAAUUUAAAUUCAUCCACUUAUGAUUAUAAUGAAGACGUAUCAUUUAUUUCUGAAGAGAUUUCUCACAAUUAUUUGAAUGAAACUUUUUUGAAAACAGUAGAAUUUAGCGAUACCAGCUUAAAAGCUUUUAAGUCAAAAAAAAAAUUUAAAUUAUCCAAUGCUUUUAAGCAAAUAAAAAGAAAGUGGUUGUUUAAAAAAAAAAAAACAAAUAUAUAUUUUAAUGAAAAUACAUCAAAUAGGCCUUAUUCAUUGAAAAUGAAAAAAAGGCCUUCUAAAAUACCAAAUCAAAUAUUUAUGAAAACUGAUACAGUUUAUAUAUCUUUUGAUAAAUAUGCUUGGCUAGACAUGGAUGUUAUUGAUACAACAUUUGUUGAAACAAAUGUGGACUUUUUAAAACAUUCUUUUUAUCAAGUAAAAAGAGAAAUUAUUGAUGAUAUUAGAGAAGUUUUGAUAUCUAACAUAAGAGCUCAUGAACGUGUAAGUAGAUUAGAUAGGAGAAGAGGUAAUGUUUUUGUAUUGAGAGUUGCUCCAGCCGGUGUUGGAAGCUUGCAUAGAUAA